CCAUUGUGAAGGCGAAUCUAUCACUUACUUGAAUUAUUUCAGUGAUUUUAGUUGUAUUUACAGCAGAAACUUGACUUUAAACUGCUUUGAUUAAAGUCACUAUCUUAUUGUUGAGCAAAUGCUAGCCUAUAUUUUACCGGGAAGUGUUUAUUUUCAAAAUCAAAAUGCGUUCAAAAUGUCACGCGAAGUGAGCAUCGGAAUCGUGAACACCAUACCAUGCACUAAAUAAAUUUCGUUUUCUUUAAACUGUAUGUAUGUUGAGUGUAAAAAAGUAGCUAUCGCUAUCCGUGAUUCAUACGGCAUGUUAAGUGUGAACGAAGUUUGGGAUUGCACACAUGAGAUUGUUUCAGAAGUUUCUGUACACGUCGUAAGCGAUCUGAGUUACGCGGGCGAAGGCUUCAAAGUUGCCGGCAUCAUUAUGGUGGACUGAGACAGUGUCUGUUGACGACAUAGUGCUGAAUAGGAAUUGUCGAAAUCGGAGCGACUGCCCCGUGCAUCAUGUCUGGCGGAUCGCAACACAACCCGAAUGGUCGGCAAUCACAAUUGGGCCCCGGUUGGAGCCCCCUUCAGGUGUUGCAGAUGGCGAAUCUCCUAGCGAGAGCCCCUCAGGCGCACAUGGCGUCUGAUCGUGGAGUGACGUGGCACACACCGACGCCACCACCACACCUGUACCAUGUGCCGGCGCCUUCGCCCCCUGAUCCGCUACAGGCCAUGAAGAAUGCGGGCAGCAACUCUGUAUUCCGACACACAGCUACCCCUCCGGAGAUGUUCAGACACACACCAACCCCACCAGAUAAACAUCUCAUUAGACAUACUCCUUCUCCGGGCGACGUGAAGACGGGAGUCGCCUUACCUCCAGUAGAAUUGUACUCGCACCUGGGUCCAGCUAGAGAUAAGGUAGUCCGGGCAGAAGAUUUACUGGCAUACGCCCGUGUGGGCGUGGACCUGUCCGUGGCGGGCGCGCGGGCCAACGGCGGCGGCGCGCUGUCCGUGCGGGACGCGCCCACCAUCAACAGCCUGGUGGGGCGCGGCGCCGCCCGCCCGCCGCACGCGCGCGUCGACGCGCUGCUCGAGCGCCUCGCGCCCGCCUCCCCGCACUCCGUCAUCGUGCACUCCAGGGUCGCGCCCACGCCCUCGCCGCCCUCCUCCAACGAGGAUUCUGCAGAUUCGUGCGGUGCUCCACCUGGCUCCAAAAGAAAACGGAAACCGGAACGCACGAUCCGCGUCCCGGUGGUUCCCCCUCCUCCUGCGCCCCCUGCGCCUGCUGAGCCCCCUCGUGCCGCGCCGCCCCUACAGAACGGCGACGUGGAGCGCGCCCACGACGUGGCGCCCGACAAACCCCCCUCCCCGCCACCCCCCGACCCACAUGCGAGAAGAAAAACGCGCUCAGGAUCCGCAGAGACGAUCGACGACAUAGCGGCAAUGAUCGCGAGUACGGAUCGAACGGCAGAGCCAGAGCCUGAGCCGCCGNCUGCUGAGCCCCCUCGUGCCGCGCCGCCCCUACAGAACGGCGACGUGGAGCGCGCCCACGACGUGGCGCCCGACAAACCCCCCUCCCCGCCACCCCCCGACCCACAUGCGAGAAGAAAAACGCGCUCAGGAUCCGCAGAGACGAUCGACGACAUAGCGGCAAUGAUCGCGAGUACGGAUCGAACGGCAGAGCCAGAGCCUGAGCCGCCGGCGCCCCCCGAGCCGGAGCCAGUCGUCACUGUCGACAAACUCGAGAGCAUCCUCGCGAGUCCUGAACCAGAUAAGCCCUGCGAGCUGGAACCUGAACCUGAGCCGGAGCCUGCCCCCUGUGUCCCGGCCGCCCCUCGCCGCCGUAGCCUACGCACCUCUAACCCUGACGCCCCUAACGUGCCCGUUGAGUCACCCUCCGAGGCCAAGCCUGCCGAGCCCGACGCCACGGAGGCCCGCAGCGCCGAGCCCACCGCCUCCACGUACGUCGAUGUAGAAAAUCAACUCGAAAAAAUGUUCGCCGGACUAGAUGGGAACAAAUCUGAUCCCGACUCGACGCGACCCGCUGAGCCUAAUCAAGACAUCCCUGCGACGCCCGCUGUUGCCAAAAAACGACGCAAGUCUGCGCCUGCGCGGGGGGAGCGGCGGGCGGCCGCGCGGAGCGACGAGGGGGGCCGGCGGAAGGGGCCGCGGAAGAAAAGCGAAUCGAGUCGUGCACGGAAAAGCAAAGACAUCACCGUCAGGGACGCGUAUGACUCCGGCAGCAACGCCAGCUCAAGUCGAUCCAGAGGGCCCUACAUUCAGAUCCGCGGGCCGCGCUCCACGGCGGGUCGCUCGGAGGAGGAGCGGCGCGCGGCGCGGGGGGCGGCGCGGGGCGCGGCGCGCGGGCUGCACGCCAGCACGCUGGGCCCGCGCUACGACGCCGCCACGCCCGACGCGACCUGGGUGUGCGCCUUCUGCCAGCGGCGCCCGCACGACGCCGCGCUCGGGGACCUCUUCGGGCCCUACGCUAUGGACGACGACUGCGACGAUUACAGAAAUUCGGAGAGUGAAUCUCGAGUGAGUGAGUGGGCGUGGUUCCACGAGGAGUGCGGCGUGUGGGCGCCGGGCGUGGUGGCGGCGGGCGCGCGCGUGUGGGGGCUGGGCGGCGCCGUGCGCGCGGCGCGGGCGGUGCGCUGCAGGGUGUGCGCGGGGGGCGGCGCGCACGUGGCCUGCGCGCUGCGCACGUGCUCCCGCCGCGCACACGUGCCCUGCGCGCGCUCCGCCGCCUGGACGCUGCGGGACCAACACUUCCGCGCGUACUGCCCCGAGCACGCGCCCGCCACGCCCGAUGACUCGCCGAAUUGAACGAUUACUUUUGUAUCAUGAAAACAUUCAGUUAUUGUGACAUGUGUGAGACAAAAUGAUAUAGUGACUGAGCUAUGUGAACUACUUGUUUCUCUCACUAAAUUUUCAUAAUGAAAAAGGAACUAUCCAAAGAACUACCUUCCAUUGAAAAUAUCAUUAACGCCCAUCAUCUAGAAUAUCAAUCUGAUUGUGUCUGAUUUAACAGAAGAUCUAAAACUGAAAUUGUUACGUUUCAGUAAAUUGUGAACGUAUGUAUAAAUGGACGUGUAAUUUCGUUCUAUCGAAGAAUUCUUUUGCGAGAACGCUGUCUUGUAAGUGCCGUAUCACAUUUUAUUUUUAUUUUUAAAAUAAUUUCGUUACUUAAUUAAAUUGUGACGUUCCGUUUUUUUUUUUAUGUAAAUAUAAAACCAGUUAUUACCAUUGGUAUUAUUGUACCUAAUAUUAAUGUAACUAGAAUACUUGACAUAAAAUGAUCUGGAUAUCGUGGAUAUUGUUUCAAUCUGCUAAUGAAACUUACAGUGAACGAAUGCAUUAAGUAAAUGGAUAUUUAAUUUUCCAUGUAUGUGAAUAUAUUGAAUGUUUAUUCAUUGUAAAUUAGCGUUAACUUGCCUGUCCCGAAGGAGGACAAGCUGGGAGACUUUCAUAAUGACUCGACAAGUGAUAUUUGAGGUAAUUUCUUUAUUUUCCUUUGAUCAUAACAAACAUAUGAAUUAACUUGUUUAGUUGCCAUUUUAGUAUGAGAACUAGUCUAAUAGUCUUGUGAUUUAAAAAAAAAGUUUCUGAUUAUCAAAACGAUUUAUAAAUGUGACGCUGAGUGAUAACCGAAGCUCCGAUUGAAAAAAAUAUCGGUAAUUACUCAUCAUUAUCCUGCCCUUCUCCCAGUUGCCUGGGGUCGGCGCGACCUUCCAUACUCUUCUAUCAUAUACCAUUUCUUCGCUCACUUCCCUCUUACCCAUAUCGUCUUUCACGCAAUCCAUCAAUUUCUUCGGUAAUUACUAAACCUGAAAAUUGAAACAAAUCGAUAUAACGUGCAGCAUUUUCAAUUCCACUUUUUUUUCAUCAUAAUAAAUAAAACAAUCUUUGUUUCAGUACAUUCCCAUAAUAUGUUACAAAGAUCUUACAGUUGAACUAUGUUUAACAAUAAUGUACUAUGUAAUUUUACAGACUAUACAUACGCGUUCAUUAAUUUUAGUCUGGUACAACACUGCGCUAAUCACGUGUUAAAUUGGAAUACCAGAACAACACUAUUGACCAAAUGUCGUUAUUUUGAUUUCCCGCCUAAACGACCAAAAUAUGGCGUCGAGAGCAUUUUAUUUAUACGAUACUCUUGAUUA